CACUCCAUUCUUGGAUUCGGUUAUAUGAAUCAUUUGAAGCACAACCGUUUCAUUCUUGUUCUUGAUUUUUAUUCCAUUUUUUUGGAUUUUUAAUGAGUUUUUUGAGAUUUUGUUGUUUGUCUUUGUGUUUGUUGGUGAUUUCUUUGAGGCUGUUUUGGUCUUGGUCUGGCGCUUGCUAAGGUUUGUACUAUGAGAAGGAACUCGACAAGUAUUAGAUUCUACCAUGUCGGCAGCUAAUGUUGGAAAUUUCACUAGCCCAGGCAACAUUGUUAUUUCUCCACCUAGCAGAAGGGUGUCAAGACAUAGGAGAAACAUGUGGCAUACUAUUUUAAGUAUUGUCACAAAGAUUUUGCUCCUUCUCGCAGCUCUUCUGUGGGUUGGGGCAGACUAUACAUGGGUGGUGGGACUAAUAGAGCUGAAUAUAAUGGCCAUUCUCCAUUUGCUUCAUUGGAUUAUGAGAGCCAGGUUUCUAACCUUGAGUCUUCUGUAAAGAAGAUGACAGCGAUGUUGCAGGUCCAGUUAGAAGUUCUGGAUAAGAAAAUUGAAAAUGGUAUUGGGCUUGUGAAGAGGGACUUGAAAAAGGAAAUUGAGGAGAGGGCUGUUCUUAUUGAGAAUGAGUUGAAGGAGCUGGAAGGUAGAACCAACAGUUUGGGCAGGUCAUUAGGUGAGCUGAAAGAAAUGGGACUUCUGUCGAAGGAAGAAUUUGAGAGGUUUUGGAAUGAGUUGAAAAAGAGUAGAAAUUUUGAUGGUAGUGGUAAUGAUGUCAGUUUGGAUGAAGUAAGGGUUUUAGCAAAGGCUAUUGUUGAAAAAGAGAUUGAGAGGCAUGCUGCUGAUGGGAUAGGAAGGCCUGAUUAUGCUUUAGCUUCUGGUGGUGCUAGGAUUGUUGGACAUUCAGAACCUGGUUUUUUUGGAAGACCUUCCAGUUGGCUUAGAGUCUGGGGUAGGAAUCAUAUUCAUCAGAAUGCCAAGAAAAUGUUGGAGCCAAGUUUUGGAGAGCCUGGCCAGUGUUUUGCAUUGAAAGGAAGCACUGGAUUUGUAGACAUCAAACUCAGAACUGCGGUUUUUAUUGAGGCAAUCACAUUAGAGCAUGUCUCUGAGAGUGUUUCUCAUGACAGAUCUGCUGCCCCGAAGAAAGGUCGGGUGUAUGGAUGGAUUCAAUCAGAGGUCACUGGCGAGAUCAACAAAGCUCAGUCAAUGGUGCAGCAGCUUUUAGAUUUCGAAUAUGAUCUUGAGAAGAACAAUGUGCAAACAUUCGACAUUGAUCCUCAUACUAUGAUUGUUGUUGACACUGUUCGGUUGGAGGUCACCUCCAACCAUGGAAACUCAAAUCAGACAUGCAUCUAUCGGCUCAGAGUGCACGGUUUUGAGGCCGAUCCUGUCAACAAGGUGCUUGCAUUACACUGAAGAGGCUUAAACCUUUCAAUGUUACCAUCCGCCCGGCGAAAAUGAUACAAUUUUGUCACCAGAUUACUGGAAGUUGUCAUGUUAUUUGAUUUUCACCUGUGUAUUAGUUAGUGUUUUUUAACAGAAGUAUGUUGACUAUUAUUGAAGAAAAUUAG